UGACGGACGACUCCGCUCUAGUCAAACAAAUCCGCUAGCCGUGCCCACCACAUCCGCCCGACCCAUUGCCCAAAAAGAGAAGGAAAGAGAUCCGCCAAUGGAGCUCCACAUCCGGCUCACCAACGCAACCUUCGAACAACCAGGCGCAUAUUUCAUCAAACUAUGGCUCGAUCCACCACCUACGGAAGGCGAACUGCAUCAUGAGACGGACCUCAGCCGGCCAUCGCAGAACCCGGUGUUUGAGCAUGACACUUUUGUGUUCCAUUUACCUGAUGGGCAUAGGAAGCGGGGUGGGUUUAAGUGGAGGAAGGGGGCGCAUGAUCUGUUGGAGUUGGUUUGUCUGGCACAUUCGGUUGGCAGUGAUUCUGCUGUGACGGUUGUGGGAGAAUCAGUAUAUCCGCUUCACUCUAUCCUAGAUAAACUGGUCCCUGGGAAAACCCUGGUGACCACCGUGGGAUUUAUCUCCCGACGAGCGGACACCUAUCCCAAAACAGCACACGCACAUGAUACGAAGAUCGUUGGUAAUGUUGACCUGGAGCUCUCUGUAGGGUCGGACGAGCAUCUUGUGAAAGAGGAGCGUUUCAAACCGCGUCCAGACCCAUUACCGCCUGCCAAAAACGAUCCACCCCCGCUGAAGACUCAGAAUCUAGACGUCGAAACUGCCAGAAAUCUGAGAGAACAAGAUCCUGCCGGUAUUCACCGGAACGAACCGUUUAGGGUACCGAUACGGAAAGCACAGAAUCUAGAUGACAUUGUGGAAACGGCCAGGAAUCGAAGGGAACAACUAGAUGGUACCGGGAUUCACCGGAACGAACCAUUCAGGAUACCGACACCGACAGCACGCAACAAGCCGGUCUCUGAGGCAAUGCCAAUGCAACAUCUCGGCGAUCAGCAGCACCAGCAGUUGACGUUGCGGCUGAUCAAAGAGCUUGACGAUCGAAUGAUAGCUAUACAAAAGCUGGGACGCGAGCUUGUUCGACUACGGGAUGUGAAUGCAGUACUGGAGGACCAAACAAAACAACUCCAAAGCCGUCUAGCCGAAUCCGACAUCCGCACCAACACCUACAUCAAAGCCGUCGACCUCGACGUCCUCUCCGAACACGAACUCCGGCGCCGGUACGCCGUCAUGGUGCAGAAGCUGGAAAACGAGACGGGGCGGAAUAAGAGACUGCAGGAAGAGUUGGCGGCUUCACAGCAUGUGGGCAUUGAGAGGAAUGACUUUGAGCGACAGGUUUUGGAGCUGAGGACUGCGCAUACGGCGCAGCAGAUGUAUUUGCAGCGGUUGCAGGAGAAACUGCAAAGGAAUGUGAAGUACCCAUCUAUCGUCAAGAAACAGGAGGCGGUCAUUGCCCGAUUGGAGGACUUGCUGGCCAAGUCGAAGGAGCCGGCCGUGGUGGAGAGCGUCAAAGUGCCAGAGGGAGAAGGAAGACGAGCGACGCCACCGAGGGUCAGCAAAGAGCGGACGAUGCCAGAACUGAUACCAAAGGCAUUCGCGUCGACGCAGACGGAAGAGCGCAUAGAUGAAACCCCUAAGGGGCCACCAUUACCGGACGCUGCCGAGCAUGCGGCGGCCUUACUUCGAGCCGAUAGGGCAGAACAACGUGCCACGGCUUUGGAGCAGGAACUAAUACGAAACGCGAGGAACUUCGCCCAGCAGCUUGCAGCGAUGAGGAUCGAAGUAGAAAAAUCGCGGCGAUGAACGAUAUAUUUCACAGGUUUUAUAUGACAGAUACAAAAUUGCAAAAAAUGCAGUGC